AUGUUAAACCGACUCAUUCUCCCGCUUUCCGUCACCCCGCCCCAUUCUCCCGCUUUCCAUCACCCACCCCAUUCUCCCGCUUUCCAUCACCCCGCCCCAUUCUCCCGCAUUCCAUCACCCCGACUCAUUUUCCCGCUUUCCAUCACCCCGCCCCAUUCUUCCGCUUUCCAUCACCCCGCACCAUACUCCCGCUUUCCAUCACCUCGCCCCAUUCUCCCUCCUUCCAUCACCCCGCCCCAUUCUCCCUCCUUCCAUCACCCCUCCCCAUUCUCCCGCUUUCCAUCACAACGCAACAUUCUCCCCCUUUCCAUCACCCCGCCCCAUUCUCCCGCUUUCCAUCACCCCGCCCCAUUCUCCCGCUUUCCAUCACCCCGCCCCAUUCUCCCGCUUUCCAUCACCCCGCCCCAUUCUCCCGCUUUCCAUCACCCCGGCCCAUUCUCCCGCUUUCCAUCACAACGCCCCAUACUCCCACUUUCCAUCACCCCCCCCAUUCUCCCUCCUUCCAUCACCCCGCCCCACUCUCCCGCUUUCCAUCACCACGUCCCAUUCUCCCGCUUUCCAUCACCCCGCCCCAUUCUCCCGCUUUCCAUCACCCCGCCCCAUUCUCCCGCUUUCCAUCACCCACCCCAUUCUCCCGCUUUCCAUCACCCCGCCCCAUUCUCCCGCAUUCCAUCACCCCGACUCAUUUUCCCGCUUUCCAUCACUCCGCCCCAUUCUCCCGCUUUCCAUCACCCCGCCCCAUUCUUCCGCUUUCCAUCACCCCGCCCCAUACUCCCGCUUUCCAUCACCUCGCCCCAUUCUCCCUCCUUCCAUCACCCCGCCCCAUUCUCCCUCCUUCCAUCACCCCUCCACAUUCUCCCGCUUUCCAUCACAACGCCACAUUCUCCCCCUUUCCAUCACCCCACCCCAUUCUCCCGCUUUCCAUCACCCGCCCCAUUUCUCCGCUUUCCAUCACCCCGCCCCAUUCUCCCCCUUUCCAUCACCCCGCCCCAUUCUCCUGCUCUCCAUCACCCCGCCCUAUUCUCCCGCUUUCCAUCACCCCGCCCCAUUUUGCCGCUUUCCAUCACUCCGCCCCAUUCUCCCCCUUUCCAUCACCCCGUCCCAUUCUCCUGCUUUCCAUCACCCCGCCCCAUUCUCCCGCUUUCCAUCACCCCGCCCCAUUCUCCCGCUUUCCAUUACCCCACCCAAAUCUCCCGCUUUCCAUCACCCUGGCCCAUUCUCCCGCUUUCCAUCACCCCGCCCCAUUCUCCCGCUUUCCAUAACCCCGCCCCAUUCUCCCGUUUUCCAUCGCCCCGCCCCAUUCUCCCGGUUUCUAUCAACCCGCCCCAUACUCCCGCUUUCCAUCACCUUGCCCCAUUCUCCCUCCUUCCAUCACCUCGCCCCAUUCUCCCUCCUUCCAUCACCCGCCCCAUUUUCCCGCUUUCCAUCACCCCGCACCAUUCUCCCCCUUUCCAUCACCCCGCCCCGUUCUCCCACUUUCCAUCACUCCUCCCCAUUCUCCCGCUUUCCUUCACCCUGCCCCAUUCUCCCGCUUUCCAUCACCCCGCCCCAUUCUCCCACUUUUCAUCACCCCACACCAUUCUCCCGCUUUGCGUCACCCCGCCCCAUUCUCCCGCUUUCCAUCACCCCGCCCCAUUCUCCCGCUUUCCAUCACCCACCCCAUUCUCCCGCUUUCCAUCACCCCGCCCCAUUCUCCCGCAUUCCAUCAUCCCGACUCAAUUUCCCGCUUUCCAUCACUCUGCCCCAUUCUCCCGCUUUCCAUCACCCCGCCCCAUUCUCCCGGUUUCCAUCACCCCGCCCCAUACUCCCGCUUUCCAUCACCUCGCCCCAUUCUCCCUCCUUCCAUCACCUCGCCACAUUCUCCCUCCUUCCAUCACCCGCCCCAUUUUCCCGCUUUCCAUCACCCCGCCCCAUUCUCCCCCUUUCCAUCACCCCGCCCCAUUCUUCCGCUUUCCAUCACCCCGCCCCAUUCUCCCGCUUUCCAUCACCCCGCCCCAUUCUCCCGCUUUCCAUCACCCCACCCCAUUCUCCCGCUUUCCAUCACCCCGCCCCAUUCUCCCGCUUUCCAUCACCCCGCCCCAUUCUCCCGCUUUCCAUCACCCCACCCCAUUCUCCCGCUUUCCAUCACCCCGCCCCAUUCUCCCGCUUUCCAUCACCCCCCCCAUUCUCCCUCCUUCCAUCACCACGCCCCAUUCUCCCUCCUUCCAUCACCCCGCCCCAUUCUCCCGCUUUCCAUCACCCUGCCCCAUUCUCCCGCUUUCCAUCACCCCGCCCCAUUCUCCCUCCUUCCAUCACCCCGCCCCAUUUUUGCGCUUUCCAUCACCCCACCCCAUUCUCCCGCUUUCCAUCAGCCUGCCCAAUUCUCCCGCUUUCCAUCAUCCCGCCCCAUUCUCCCGCUUUCCAUCACCCCGGCCCAUUCUCCCACCUUCCAUCACCCCGCUCCAUUCUCCUGCUUUCCAUCACCACGCCCCAUUUUCCCACGUUCCAUCACCCCGCCCCAUUCUCCCGCUUUCCAUCACCCCGCCCCAUUCUGCCGCUUUCCAUCACCCCGCCCCAUUCUCCCGCUUUCCAUCACCCCGCCUCAUUCUUCCGCUUUCCAUCACCCCGGCCCAUUCUCCCGCUUUCCAUCACCCCGCCCCAUUCUCCCACUUUCCAUCACCCCGCCCCAUUCUCCCGCUUUCCAUCACCCCGCCCAAUUCUCCCGCUUUCCACCACCCCGCCCCAUUCUCCCGCUUUCCAUCACCCCGCCCCAUUCUCCGUCCUUCCAUCACCCCGCCCCAUUCUCCCGCAUUCCAUCAUCCCGACUCAUUUUCCCGCUUUCCAUCACUCUGCCCCAUUCUCCCGCUUUCCAUCACCCCGCCCCAUUCUCAAGGUACCAUCAGCCCGCCCCAUACUCCCGCUUUCCAUCACCUCGCCCCAUUCUCCCUCCUUCCAUCACCUCGCCACAUUCUCCCUCCUUCCAUCACCCGCCCCAUUUUCCCGCUUUCCAUCACCCCGCCCCAUUCUCCCCCUUUCCAUCACCCCGCCCCAUUCUUCCGCUUUCCAUCACCCCGCCCCAUUCUCCCGCUUUCCAUCACCCCGCCCCAUUCUCCCGCUUCCAUCACCCCACCCCAUUCUCCUGCUUUCCAUCACCCCGCCCCAUUCUCCCGCUUUCCAUCACCCCGCCCCAUUCUCCCGCUUUCCAUCACCGGCCCCAUUCUCCCACUUUCCAUCACCUCGCCUCAUUCUCCCGCUUUCCAUCACCCCGCACCAUUCUCCCGCUUUCCAUCACCUCGCCCCAUUCUCUCUCCUUCCAUCACCCCGCCCCAUACUCCCGCUUUCCAUCACCUCGCCCCAUUCUCCCUCCUUCCAUCACCUCGCCCCAUUCUCCCUCCUUCCAUCACCCGCCCCAUUUUCCCGCUUUCCAUCACCCCGCACCAUUCUCCCCCUUUCCAUCACCCCGCCCCAUUCUCCCACUUUCCAUCACUCCGCCCCAUUCUCCCGCUUUCCUUCACCCUGCCCCAUUCUCCCGCUUUCCAUCACCCCGCCCCAUUCUCCCAUUUCCAUCACCCCACACCAUUCUCCCGCUUUGCGUCACCCCGCCCCAUUCUCCCGCUUUCCAUCACCCCGCCCCAUUCUCCCGCUUUCCAUCACCCACCCCAUUCUCCCGCUUUCCAUCACCCCGCCCCAUUCUCCCACUUUCCAUCAACCCGACCCAUUCUCCUGCUAUCCAUCACCCCGUACCAUUCUACCGCUUUCCAUCACCUCGCCCCAUUCUCCCUCCUUCCAUCACCCCACCCCAUUCUCACGCUUUCCGUCACCCUGCCCCAUUCCCCCGUUUUCCAUCACCCGGCCCCAUUCUCCGACUUUCCAUCACCCCACCCCAUUCUCCCUCCUUCCAUUACCCCGCCCCAUUCUCCCGCUUUCCAUCACCCCGUACCAUUCUACCGCUUUCCAUCACCCCGCCCCAUUCUCCCGCUUUCCAUCACCCCGACUCAUUUUCCCGCUUUUCAUCACUCCGCCCCAUUCUCCCGCUUUCCAUCACCCCGCCCGAUUCUCCCGCUUUCCAUCACCCCGCCCCAUUCUCCCGCUUUCCAUCACCCCGCCCCAUUCUCCCGCUUUCCAUCACCCCGGCCCAUUCUCCCGCUUUCCAUCACUCCGCCCCAUACUCCCGCUUUCCAUCACCCAGCCCCAUUCUCCCUCCUUCCAUCACCACGCCCCAUUCUCCCUCCUUCCAUCACCCCGCCCCACUCUCCCGCUUUCCAUCACCCCGCCCCAUUUUUCCGCUUUCCAUCACCCCGCCCCAUUCUCCCCCUUUCCAUCACCCCGGCUCAUUUUCCCGCUUUCCAUCACUCCGCCCCAUUCUCCCGCUUUCAAUCACCCCGUCCGAUUCUCCCGCUUUCCGUCACCCCGCCCCAUUCUCCCGCUUUCCAUCACCCCGCCCCAUUCUCCCGCUUUCCAUCACCCCGCCCCAUUCUCCCGCUUUCCAUCACCCCGCCCCAUACUCCCGCUUUCCAUCACCCAGCCCCAUUCUCCCUCCUUCCAUCACCAUGCCCCAUUCUCCCUCCUUCCAUCACCCUGCCCCAUUCUCCCGCAUUCCAUCACCCCGCCCCAUUCUCCCGCUUUCCAUCACCCCGCCCCAUUCUCCCUCCUUCCAUCACCCCGCCCCAUUUUUCCGCUUUCCAUCACCCCACCCCAUUCUCCCGCUUUCCAUCAGCCUGCCCAAUUCUCCCGCUUUCCAUCAUCCCGCCCCAUUCUCCCGCUUUCCAUCACCCCGCCCCAUUCUCCCACCUUCCAUCACCCCGCUCCAUUCUCCUGCUUUCCAUCACCACGCCCCAUUUUCCCAUUUUCCAUCACCCCGCCCCAUUCUCCCGCUUUCCAUCACCCCGCCCCGUUCUGCCGCUUUCCAUCACCCUGCCCCAUUCUCCCGCUUUCCAUCACCCCGCCUCAUUCUUCCGCUUUCCAUCACCCCGGCCCAUUCUCCCGCUUUCCAUCACCCCGCCCCAUUCUCCCACUUUCCAUCACCCCGCCCCAUUCUCCCGCUUUCCAUCACCCCGCCCAAUUCUCCCGCUUUCCAUCACCCCGCCCCAUUCUCCCGCUUUCCAUCACCCCGCCCCAUUCUCCGUCCUUCCAUCACCCUGCCCCAUUCUCCCACCUUCCAUCACCCCACCCCAUUCUCCCGCUUUCCAUCACCCCGCCCCAUUCUCCCGCUUUCCAUCACCCCGCCCCAUUCUCCCGCUUUCCAUCACCGGCCCCAUUCUCCCACUUUCCAUCACCUCGCCUCAUUCUCCCGCUUUCCAUCACCCCGCACCAUUCUCCUGCUUUCCAUCACCUCGCCCCAUUCUCUCUCCUUCCAUAACAACGCCCCAUACUCCCGCUUUCCAUCACCCCGCCCCAUUCUCCCUCCUUCCAUCACCCCGCCCCAUUUUCCCCCUUUCCAUCACCCCGUCCCAUUCUCCUGCUUUCCAUCACCCCGCCCCAUUCUCCCGCUUUCCAUUACCCCGCCCAAAUCUCCCGCUUUCCAUCACCCUGGCCCAUUCUCCCGCUUUCCAUCACCCACCCCAUUCUCCCGCUUUCCAUCACCCUGCCCCAUUCUCCCGCAUUCCAUCACCCCCACUCAUUUUCCCGCUUUCCAUUUCUCCGCCCCAUUCUCCCGCUUUCCAUCACCCCGCCCCAUUCUCUCGCUUUCCAUCACCUCGCCCCAUACUCCCGCUUUCCAUCACCCCGCCCCAUUCUCCCUCUUUACAUCACCCCUCCCCAUUCUCCCUCCUUCCAUCACCCCGCCCCAUUCUCCCGCUUUCCAUCACCCCGCCCCAUUGUCCCACUUUCCAUCACCCCGCCCCAUUCUCCCGCUUUCCAUCACCCCGCCCCAUUCUCCCGCUUUCCAUCACCCCGCCCCAUUCUCCCUCUUUCCAUCACCCCGCACCAUUCUCCCGCUUUCCAUCACCUCGCCCCCUUCUCCCUCCUUCCAUCACCACGCUCCAUUCUCCCGCUUUCCAUCACAAUGCCCCAUUCUCCUGCUUUCCAUCACCCCGCCCCAUUCUCCUGCUUUCCAUCACCCCGCCCCAUUCUCCCGCUUUCCAUCACACCGCCCCAUUUUCCCGCUUUCCAUCACCCCGCCCCAUUCUCCUCCUUUCCAUCACCCGCCCCAUUCUCCUGCUUUCCAUCACCCGCCCCAUUCUCCGGCUUUCCAUAACCCCGCCCAAAUCUCCUGCUUCCCAUCACCCCUGCCCCAUUCCCCCGCUUUCCAUCACCCCACCCCAUUCUCCCGCUUUCCAUCACCCCGUGCAAUUCUCCCGCUUUCCAUCAUCCCGCCCCAUUCUCCCGCUUUCCAUCACCCCGCCCCAUUCUCCCACCUUCCAUCACCCCGCUCCAUUCUCCUGCUUUCCAUCACCCCGCCCCAUUCUCCCACUUUCCAUCACCCCGCCCCAUUCUCCCGCUUUCCAUCACCCCGCCUCAUUCUUCCGCUUUCCAUCAUCCCGGCCCAUUCUCCCGCUUUCCAUCACCCCGACUCAUUUUCCCCCUUUCCAUCACUCCGCCCCAUUCUCCUACUUUCCAUCACCCCGCCCCAUUUUCCCACUUUCCAUCACCCCGCCCCAUGCUCCCGCUUUCCAUCACCUCGCCCCAUUCUCCCUCCUUCCAUCACCCCGCCCCCUUCUCCCUCCUUCCAUCACCCCGCUCCAUUCUCCCGCUUUCCAUCACAACGCCCCAUUCUCCCGCUUUCCAUCACCCCGCCCCAUUCUCCCCCUUUCCAUCACCCGCCCCAUUCUCCUGCUUUCCAUCACCCCGCCCCAUUCUCCUGCUUUCCAUCACCCCGCCCCAUUCUCCCGCUUUCCAUCACCCCGCCCCAUUUUCCCGCUUUCCAUCACCCCGCCCCAUUCUCCCCCUUUCCAUCACCCGCCCCAUUCUCCUGCUUUCCAUCACCCCGCCCCAUUGUCCCCCAUUCCAUCACCCCUCCCCAUUCUCCGGCAUUCCAUCACCCCGCCCAAAUCUCCCGCUUUCCAUCACCCCGCCCCAUUCUGCCGCUUUCCAUCACCCCGCCCCAUUCUCCCACUUUCCAUCACCCCGCCCCAUUCUCCCGCUUUCUAUAACCCCGCCCCAUUCUCCCGCUUUCCAUCACCCCGCCCCAUUCUCCCGCUUUCCAUCACCCCGCCCCAUUCUCCCUCCUUCCAUCACCCCGCCCCAUUCUCCCACCUUCCAUCACCCCGCCCCAUUCUCCCGCUUUCCAUCACCCCACCCCAUUCUCCCGCUUUCCAUCACCCUGCCCCAUUCUCCCGCUUUCCAUCACCCCGCCCCAUUCUCCCACUUUCCAUCAACCCACCCCAUUCUCCCGCUUUCCAUCACCCCGCCCCAUUCUCCCGCUUUCGAUCACCACGCCUCAUUCUCCCGCUUUCCAUCACCCCGCACCAUUCUCCCCCUUUCCAUCACCUCGCCCCAUUCUCCCUCCUUCCAUCACCCCACCCCAUUCUCCCGCUUUCCGUCACCCCGCCCCGUUCUCCCGCUUUCCAUCAACCUGCCCCAUUCUCUCACUUUCCAUCACCCCACCCCAUUCUCCCUCCUUCCAUUACCCCACCCCAUUCUCCUACUUUCCAUCACCCCGCCCCAUUCUCCCGCUUUCCAUCACCCCACCCCAUUCUCCCGCUUUCCAUCACCCCGCGCAAUUCUCCCGCUUUCCAUCAUCCCGCCCCAUUCUCCCGCUUUCCAUCAUCCCGCCCCAUUCUCCCACCUUCCAUCACCCCGCUCCAUUCUCCUGCUUUCAAUCACCCCGCCCCAUUCUCCCACUUUCCAUCACCCCGCCCCAUUCUCCCGCUUUCCAUCACUCCGCCCCAUUCUGCCGCUUUCCAUCGCCCCACCCCAUUCUCCCGCUUUCCAUCACCCCGCCUCAUUCUUCCGCUUUCCAUCACUCCGCCCCAUUCUCCUGCUUUCCAUCACCCCGCCCCAUUUUCCCACUUUCCAUCACCCCGCCCCAUGCUCCCGCUUUUCAUCACCUCGCCCCAUUCUCCCUCCUUCCAUCACCCCGCCCCCUUCUCCCUCCUUCCAUCACUCCGCUCCGUUCUCCCGCUUUCCAUCACAACGCCCCAUUCUCCCGCUUUCCAUCACCCCGCCCCAUUCUCCCCCUUUCCAUCACCCACCCCAUUCUCCUGCUUUCCAUCAACCCGCCCCAUUCUCCUGCUUUCCAUCGCCCCGCCCCAUUCUCCCGCUUUCCAUCACCCCGCCCCAUUUUCCCGCUUUCCAUCACCCCGCCCCAUUCUCCCCCUUUCCAUCACCCGCCCAAAUCUCCCGCUUUCCAUCACCCCGCCCCAUUCUCCCGCUUUCCAUCACCCCGCCCCAUUCUCCCACUUUCCAUUACCCCGCCCCAUUCUCCCGCUUUCCACAACCCCGCCCCAUUCUCCCGCUUUCCAUCACCGCGCCCCAUUCUCCCGCUUUCCAUCACCCCGCCCCAUUCUCCCUCCUUCCAUCACCCCGCCCCAUUCUCCCACCUUCCAUCACCCCGCCCCAUUCUCCCGCUUUCCAUCACCCCACCCCAUUCUCCCGCUUUCCAUCACCCUGCCCCAUUCUCCCGCUUUCCAUCACCCCGCCCCAUUCUCCCACUUUCCAUCAACCCACCCCAUUCUCCCGCUUUCCAUCACCCCACCCCAUUCUCCCGCUUUCGAUCACCACGCCUCAUUCUCCCGCUUUCCAUCACCCCGCACCAUUCUCCCCCUUUCCAUCACCUCGCCCCAUUCUCCCUCCUUCCAUCACCCCACCCCAUUCUCCCGCUUCCCGUCACCCCGCCCCGUUCUCCCGCUUUCCAUCAACCUGCCCCAUUCUCUCACUUUCCAUCACCCCACCCCAUUCUCCCUCCUUCAAUUACCCCGCCCCAUUCUCCUACUUUCCAUCACCCCGCCCCAUUCUCCCGCUUUCCAUCACCCACCCCAUUCUCCCGCUUUCCAUCACCCCGCCCCAUUCUCCCGCAUUCCAUCACCCGGACUCAUUUUCCCGCUUUCCAUCACUCCGCUCGAUUCUCCCGCUUUCCAUCACCCCGCCCCAUUCUCGCGCUUUCCAUCACCUCGCCCCAUACUCCCGCUUUCCAUCACCCCGCCCCAUUCUCCCUCUUUCCAUCACCCCGCCCCAUUCUCCCUCCUUCCAUCACCCCGUCCCAUUCUCCCGCUUUCCAUCACCACGCCCCAUUCUCCCGCUUUCCAUCACCCUGCCCCAUUCCCCCGCUUUCAAUCACCCCGCCCCAUUCUCCCGCAUUCCAUCACCCGGACUCAUUUUCCCGCUUUCCACCACUCCGCUCCAUUCUCCCGCUUUCCAUCACCCCGCCCCAUUCUCGCGCUUUCCAUCACCUCGCCCCAUACUCCCGCUUUCCAUCACCCCGCCCCAUUCUCCCUCUUUCCAUCACCCCGCCCCAUUCUCCCGCUUUCCAUCACCCCGCCCCAUUCCCCCGCUUUCCAUCACCCACCCCAUUCUCGCGCUUUCCAUCACCCCGCCCCAUCCUCCCGCUUUCCAUCACCCCGCCCCAUACUCCCGCUUUCCAUCACCCAGCCCCAUUCUCCCUCCUUCCAUCACCACGCCCCAUUCUCCCUCCUUGCAUCACCCCGCCCCAUUUUCCCGCUUUCCAUCACCCCGCCCCAUUCUCCCGCUUUCCAUCACCCCGCCCCAUUCUCCCUCCUUCUAUCACCCCGCCCCAUUUUUCCGCUUUCCAUCACCCCACCGCAUUCUCCCGCUUUCCAUCAGCCCGCCCAAUUCUCCCGCUUUCCAUCAUCCCGCCCCAUUCUCCCGCUUUCCAUAACCCCGCCCCAUAAUCCCACCUUCCAUCACCCCGCUCCAUUCUCCUGCUUCCCAUCACCCCGCCCCAUUCUCCCACUUUCCAUCACCCCGCCCCAUUCUCCCGCUUUCCAUCACCCCGCCCCAUUCUGCCGCUUUCCAUCACCCCGCCCCAUUCUCCCGCUUUCCAUCACCCCGCCUCAUUCUUCUGCUUUCCAUCACCCCGGCCCAUUCUCCCGCAUUCCAUCACCCCGCCCCAUUCUCCCACUUUCCAUCACCCUGCCCCCUUCUCACGCUUUCCAUCACCCCGGCCCAUUCUCCCGCUUUCCGUCACCCCGCCCCAUUCUCCCACUUUCCAUCACCCUGCCCCCUUCUCCCGCUUUCCAUCACCCCGCCCCAUUCUCCCGCUUUCCACCACCCCGCCCCAUUCUCCAUCCUUCCAUCACCCUGCCCCAUUCUCCCACCUUCCAUCACCCCGCCCCCUUCUCCCCCUUUCCAUCACCCCGCCCCAUUCUCCCGCUUUCCAUCACCCCGCCCCAUUCUCCCGCUUUCCAUCACCGGGCCCAUUCUCCCACUUUCCAUCACCUCGCCUCAUUCUCCCACUUUCCAUCACCCCGCACCAUUCUCCCGCUUUCCAUCACCUCGCCCCAUUCUCUCUCCUUCCAUCACCCCGCCCCCUUCUCCCGCUUUCCAUCACAACGCCCCAUACUCCCGCUUUCCAUCAGCCCGCCCCAUUCUCCCUCCUUCCAUCACCCCGCUCCAUUUUCCCGCUUUCCAUCACCCCGCCCCAUUCUCCCGCUUUCCAUCACCCCGCCCCAUUCUCCCGCUUUCCAUCACCCCGCAGCAUUCUCCUGCUUUCCGUCACCCCGCCCCAUUCUCCCGCUUUCCGUCACCCCGCCCCACUCUCCCGCUUUCCAUCACCACGCCCCAUUCUCCCGCUUUCCGUCACCCCGCCCCACUCUCCCGCUUUCCAUCACCACGCCCCAUUCUCCCGCUUUCCAUCACCCCGCCCCAUUCUCCCGCUUUCCAUCACCCCGCCCCAUUCUCCCGCUUUCCAUCAACCACCCCAUUCUCCCGCUUUCCAUCACCCCGCCCCAUUCUCCCGCAUUCCAUCACCCCGACUCAUUUUCCCGCUUUCCAUCACUCCGCCCCAUUCUCCCGCUUUCCAUCACCCCGCCCCAUUCUUCCGCUUUCCAUCACCCUGCCCCAUACUCCCGCUUUCCAUCACCUCGCCCCAUUCUCCCUCCUUCCAUCACCCCGCCCCAUUCUCCCUCCUUCCAUCACCCCUCCCCAUUCUCCCGCUUUCCAUCACAACGCCACAUUCUCCCCCUUUCCAUCACCCCGCCCCAUUGUCCUGCUUUCCAUCACCCCGCCCCAUUCUCCCGCCUUCCAUCACCCCGCCCCAUUCUCCCGCUUUCCAUCACCCCGGCCCAUUGUCCCGCUUUCCAUCACCCCGCACCAUUCUCCCACUCUCCAUCACCCCGCCCCAUUCUCCCGCUUUCCAUCACCCCGCCCCAUACUCCCGCUUUCCAUCACUUCGCCCCAUUCUCCCUCCUUCCAUCACCUCGCCCCAUUCUCCCUCCUUCCAUCACCCGCCCCAUUUCCCCGCUUUCCAUCACCCCGCCCCAUUCUCCCCCUUUCCAUCACCCCGCCCCAUUCUCCUGCUCUCCAUCACCCCGCCCCAUUCUCCCGCUUUCCAUCACCCCGCCCCAUUUUGCCGCUUUCCAUCACCCCGCCCCAUUCUCCCCCUUUCCAUCACCCCGUCCCAUUCUCCUGCUUUCCAUCACCCCGCCCCAUUCUCCCGCUUUCCAUCACCCCGCCCCAUUCUCCCGCUUUCCAUUACCCCGCCCAAAUCUCCCGCUUUCCAUCACCCUGGCCCAUUCUCCUGCUUUCCAUCACCCCGCCCCGUUCUCCCGCUUUCCAUCACCCCGCCCCAUUCUCCCGCUUUCCAUCACCCCGCCCCAUUCUCCCGUUUUCCAUCGCCCCGCCCCAUUCUCCCGGUUUCCAUCACCCCGCCCCAUACUCCCGCUUUCCAUCACCUCGCCCCAUUCUCGCUCCUUCCUUCACCUCGCCCCAUUCUCCCUCCUUCCAUCACCCGCCCCAUUUUCCCGCUUUCCUUCACCUCGCCCCAUACUCUCUCUCUUUCCAUCACCCCACCCCAUUCUCCCUCUUUACAUCACCCCGCCCCAUUCUCCCUCCUUCCAUCACCCCGCCCCAUUCUCCCGCUUUCCAUCACCCCGCCCCAUUCUCCCUCCUUCCAUCACCCUGCCCCAUUCUCCCGCUUUCCAUCAUCUCGCCCCAUUCUCCCGCUUUCCAUCACCCUGCCCCAUUCUCCCGCUUUCCAUCACCCCGCCCAAUUCUCCCCAUUCUCCCGCUUUCCGUCAUCCUGCCGAAUCUCCCGCUUUCCAUCACCCCGCCCCAUUCUCCUGCUUUCCAUCACCUCGGUCCAUUCUCCCUCCUUCCAUCACCCCGCCCUAUUCUCCCUCCUUCUAUCACCCCGCCCCAUUCUCCCGCUUUCCAUCACCCUGGCCCAUUCUCCCGCUUUCCAUCACCCCGCCCCAUUCUCCCCCUUUUCAAUCACCCCGCCCCAUUCUCCCGCUUUCCAUCACCCUGCACCAUUCUCCCGCUUUCCAUCGUCCCGCCCCAUACUCCCGCUUUCCGUCACCCUGCCACAUUCUCCCUCCUUCCAUCACCCCGCCCCAUUCUCCCGCUUUCCAUCACCCCGCCCCAUUCUCCCUCCUUCCAUCACCCCGCCCCAUUCUCCCGCUUUCCAUCACCCCGCCCUAUUCUCCCGCUUUCCAUCACCCCGCCUCAUUCUCUCGCUUUCCAUGA